GGCCGACGUGCCCAGUCCACGACCAUCAAAGAAAUACUCUUUCACCCUCUCCCUUUCAUGACCAGUGACCGUACAGCCCAUAUGUCUGCUCAAACUUACGAUGAUACUGGCAGUGUACAGGACAGGCCGCUCGAACAGUAUAUUUUUGUGUCGACGGCAAUCUUGCAGCAAGGUGUCGACCUCCUCAAGAACGUGCUCAAAGAAGACGAGCAAUUGGUGUAUGACAGCAAGAUGCUGCCGGGUUCGAGCAUCGGAAAGCAUCUCCGUCAUGCUCGGGACUACUUCAACCUGCUACUUUUGUGCCUAUCGCGCCCGAAGCCCCUACAAUUGAAUUAUGACAUUCGAUCACGAAAUGUACCAAUGGAAACAUCACGUCGUAUUGCAGCGCUGGAGUUAGAAGGAACUAUCAAGCAAUUGCGAGACUUGCAGGAGAAAGGGCAGAGUAUAUUGGACGAGCCCAUCACACUGGAGGCAGUGACACCGUUCAAGCAAGUGAUGCAGACCACAGUGGGUCGUGAGCUCUGGUUUGCAGGGUUGCAUGCAAUACAUCACUGGUCCAUGAUACGGCUGAUCGCGGCCGGAGAAAUGGGCAUCGAACUCGAACACUCCUUCGGCGUCGCUCCCUCCACAUUGCAGCACAGAGGACACGAAGGCAUCACGACGAAGGCUCGCUUCUGAGUUUCGAGGGUGCGAAACCUCGACCCUAAACGGGUUGAUAGAUAUCCCGCUCGUCACGGCAUCCUCCCGGUUCCAUGGACUGGUCUGUGCCUUUUCCAGCUUCCGCAAGCAUCCCGAACUGCAGAAUCGCCCGUCGCCGCAUCACCCCUCAGCAUCUAUGCGUAGUCGUCCGUCCAUAUAUCAUCCGUAUAUCCCGAACUUGCUCCGUCGCAUGCAACCACAUGUAUUGUAUUUUGCUUCUUCAGUCGACUACGAUAGUAAUGAC